AUGUCACUCAAAACAAUUAAGACACGGACCUUAGAAGUCGGAUACUAUGACCACGGCCCAUUAUCAGGCUGGCCUGUCCUUCUAUAUCACGGCUUCCCAUACGAUAUCCACGCAUAUGAUGAAGUUGUCCCAAAACUCGUCUCCAGCGGUGCAAGAGUCAUCGUUCCCUAUGUCCGCGGUUAUGGCCCAACUCGCUUCCUCUCAGAUUCGACCAUGAGGAGUGGUCAGCAAGCAGCACUUGGCUCAGACGUCAUCGAGCUCAUGGACGCUUUGGACAUCGAAAAGGCAGUCCUUGGCGGCUUUGACUGGGGCGGUAUGUCUGUAUGCGUUGCAGCUGCACUCUGGCCCGAGCGUGUCGUUGGACUCGUUUCAUAUGCGGGUUACGACAUUGCCGAUCUUUCAAGUUAUCAAAAGCCUUUUGCGCCGAGUUUGGAAUGUAUUUGUUGGUAUCAGCAUUUAUUCCAGCAAGAGCGUGGGAUAGUAUGUCUGACAGAGAGUCGACGAGAUCUCUGUCGAAUGCUGUGGGAGCAAUGGUCCCCCUCUUUCAAAUUCUCAGAAUACUUUUACGACCGAACUGCAGAAUCUUUUGAUAAUCCUGAUUUCGUCGGUGUUGUUAUUCACGCUUACAGAUUCUGCUUCGGUAACGCAAAAGGUGACCCAGCUUUGCAGAAGCUGGAGGAUGCUCUAGCUGCUCAACCAAAGAUUAGCGUUCCGACCAUCACUUUAGAUGGACGACAGGAUCCUUUAAAGCCAGGCGGUACUGCUGCACAUGCUGAACAUUUUUCUGGUCGUUAUGAGAGGAGAGAAGCUGAUGUUGGGCAUGCGUUUCCCAUGGAAGCCCCGAAUGAGUUCGCAGAUGCUAUCCUCACGAUUCAUAAGUGGGAGACUUAG